AUGGCUAAUCAGAGCGAAGAAAUGUCAAUGCAACCACCAGCAUGGAUGCUGGAAGCAGCACGAAAUGCUGUGAAAGUGUCAGGUGUCAACUCAGAAGAAGCAUUCGCUGCUAGGAUCUGUAACGUAAGGAAGCAGGCAGAAGCCGGUAGCAUGCAGCACCAGGAAACCAUGAGUUUGCUAGCAAAGAAGAUGAAGGAGCUGAGUCCGAAGUCAGUAUUGCGAUCUUUCGAUAGUUUUGAACAAGCAAACGUCGGAGAAGAGGCCAGCGGCACUGAGCGACAACUUGCAGAAACAAGCGCUGCUCCCAUCGUGGCCACCUCUAGAAAGAUUACACAAGCGCCAGAUAAGAACAAGCGAAAGGAGGUAGUAAAAACCCCAGACAAAAAACACAGUAAGAAAGCAAGGAUUCUUACAGAGCAAGUGGAGAAGGGCCCGUCACUGAAAGGCACUGCACGCCAACCACAAAAGGCGGCAUUGACCACAGCAGUACACAAUCCAAAUCCCAAGGAGACCAUUCCUGCACCGUCAAAAUCCUUACCAAUUUCCAAGUACAAGGUGGAGGAAUAUACCGUACUUGAGAACCUACCAGAAUGGUACACCUCCAUCUCCCCCGACAAUAUACACAUGAAGAAUCUGUCCAAACGGCGGCCCCCUGCCCUCACAGCCCUAGACGCCCUCAAAGGCCUCGCCCGCCAAUGCGGAGAUGCCCCCAACAAGUAUCGAUCCAGCGAUCUCCCCAACCUUUACAACAAACUCCGCGAUCUCAUCCACCAAGCCGAAAUCACCUUACCCGUAACCCCCUACAUACUCCGCAAAGCCCAGAUGCUCUCUUCCCAAGCCGGCCUCCCCUGCAUCUUCCGUGCAGAGGCAAACUUCCCACCCGACAUCAAAGCAGACAGCUACCAACUCUACAAACGCUGGUACGCCGGCAACCUAACCCAAGAUCUCCUCCGCGGCAUCAUCACCAAAAAAUCCACAAACCGCUCCUCCGACUCCAUCUGCCCCAUCUACCGCGCAAAAUACCCCAUAACAUCCAAAUACAUUGGCCAAGGCGACCUCGUGCCCGGCCAAUGGUGGCCAACUCAACUCUGCGCCGUGCGCGACAGUGCCCACGGGCACACCCAAGGCGGCAUCUUCGGCAGCAAGACCCACGGCGCCUACUCCAUCGUGCUUGCAAACGGUUCGGGCUACUCCGAUCUCGACGCGGGUGACACGAUCCAUUAUUCCGGCACCGAAAACAACGAUCACGCCGGCUCUGUCACUGAGAAUACUAAACACCUGCUUACGUCGCUGCAGACGCGGGAUCCGGUGAGGGUGCUGAGGUCUGCGCAGUUGGCGAAAGGGAAUAAGUAUCGCCCGGAGAGGGGAAUUAGGUAUGAUGGGCUGUACACAGUGGUGGGGUAUGAGGUGUUGGAUGAGAAGAAAGGGGUGCUGAGGUUUCGGUUGGAGAGGUGUGAGGGGCAGGAGGGGAUUAGGUGGGAGGGCGAGGCGAGGAGGCCGACGGUGUAUGAAGUUAGGGAGUAUGAGCGGUUGAAAGAGGAGGGGGCGUGGGCGGGGGGUGUUGAGAAGUGA